CCAACAUGGCAUCCAAUUUUGACGAUGACCAGGCGGAUGGUAUAGAACCAAUGGACUUCUCUUUCCAUGAAGAUGAGGAUCUUGCAGUUUCUAGUUCUAAUUCUGUAGACACAAAGUUUGACGAGACAAUUGGACAUGUUGAAGAUAUUAUUAUGGAUGAUGAUUUUCAGACCAUACAGAAUGGAUUUUUAGAAAAAUAUUACCAAGAGUUUGAUGACACAGAAGAAAACAAAUUUAUAUACACAGACAUCCACAGAGAAUAUGUUCAAUUAAUAGAAAAACAUUUAGAUGACGAGCUCACAAAACGCAUGCCAGGUUUUUCCAUGGGUGAAUUUACACAUCAAAUUAUGGAAAGAAAAAAUGAAUUGGAAGGCGAGAUAUUUGAGAUGCUUCUUACAUUUAGUGACUUCAUGGCUUUUAAGGAAAUGUUUCUAGAUUUCAAAGCAGACAAGGAAGGACGAACAGUGGAUCUGAGUGCAGGGAUCAUGGUAACAUCCAUGCAAGGAGGCGGUGAUGAUGGCACAGAUGAUGGGGGAAUCUCACUAGAUGACUGCACGUUUUCUCUAACGGGACAUUCAUUUGGAGAUGGACCGGAGCAGAAAUGAUAUGUCUGUAGCUAGUGAAAUAGUGCUUACUGGAAUGUGAUCAUGCUUGUCACGAGUGAAUGAGUACUGCCUGGAAUGUGUGGAUCUGUCCAAUGGUGGAGUAUCCUACAUAUCUUUCUGCCAAAAGUCACGUGCACAGUGUUGAAUCGUUGUAAACAUGGAGUUCAGACAGACAUGCUCAUUUUGAAAAGUUGCUGUUGUUUUUUGUAAACCAUGAAGCUCAUCGUUCCAUGGAAAAGUCCAUAUUGGAUCAGUGUUGUGUUGUAUAUCUUGCACCUUGUAAAGUUUUAACAGGUAAAGACACUCAUUAUUUGUUUAUUGCUGUGCUACAGAGGAUUCAAUUCCUGUGACCCAGAAAAAUGGAUAUGUCAGGUUUCCUGUAGUAACAUAAUUGAUAAAAUACCUAACAUCUGAUGUUAUCCAGAUAAUUGAUAAAAUACCUAACAUCUGAUGUUAUCCAGAUAAUUGAUAAAAUACCUAACAUCUGAUGUUAUCCAGAUAAUUGAUAAAAUACCUAACAUCUGAUGUUAUCCAGAUAAUUCAAAAAGGCAUGAAUUAGAUUUCAUUUACUCGGAUUUAAAUGUUAAAGAUACUUUGAUUCUGAGGAAGUAUGCUACCUUUAAAUUCUGAUGUCCAUAAAUCCCUCUUUUUUUACGUUGGUUUCAUGAUAAAAAACGAAAAUCUGCUCAAUGUCAUUGCUAUUAAAGAAAAAGGUUUGGUUCGAUGAAAAAGUCUUGAAAUAUUGAAAAACAACUGAAACAAUGGGGAACGCCAGUCUAUCAUAGUUCCUCUAGGUGUCACCUGUACAUUUAAUAUAAAGUACACUACCUCUUGUUUUUAAAUUAUAAAUACAAUUACCAUUCGGUAUGCAUAUCGUAAACUUUAAAAAAAAAAAACAGAAAUCAGACUUGGUUGGAUAUGUAGGCAUUAGCUCUUGUUGUAAAACUUGUGAUCCUCCUUGGAUGAACAGAUCUUUUUGAUAUAAAUGAACAGUUACACAGAAUCUACUGGUGUAUUAGUGUAUUGAUAAAAGAUAUAUUGUACUUUCUUGGGAGAUGUUGAUACCUGAUCCUGUGAGGUAUAUACUGAAAAUAGUGUGGUGUUGUUUGGUUAAACAUUAAUAAUUCUCAUUGAUUCCUUAUGUCUCACAGUCUCAGUGACACGUGUACAGUUAUCCCACAACAUAAAUCUGGAAAUUUAGCCUGGUGUUAUAUACUUCCAUUGUGUGACUACAAGUCUCCACUGCCUUUCAUCUUGUAUUCAAUUGUUAUCACAUUGAAUCUUUCAUUCCAGGACUCCCCAGAACUAUGUCGCAAUCACUGUACGUGUUUACUGAACAUGUACAAUUCCGUCCCUUGUAACAUAUCAACUGUUUUUAUAUUUCUUUAUUUUGCAUGUUUACUAAAUAUUAGUUUAAAUCUUGACUGUCUGGUUGGAUGUGAUUACUACAACAAGAGGAGGACAUUGUAACAACAGCAAAGACAAGAAAUUGAAGAAAAGUUUGUUAAUCUUUAUUGUGAACAUCUCAUUCUACCAUUUCAUUUUGUAAUUUGUUACCUUGAAAGUAAGUUCUGAACUGUGUCCCUCCUCUUGUUCAGGUUUUUCCACACGACAGCACAUCAAUAAAAAUGAUAUUUAUGUUGAAGAAGGUUGACAUAUAGUGAGAUUGUAAGAUGGAUGCGUUUUAGUUAUUGGUCAAAUCAGUUGUAUGAUUUUAAUUUUGAAUUGUCAGUUGAUCCAGUUGGUUGAUUGAUCAUAUGUGUCAAAUUUUUUGAUUGGUUGUUUGAUAGAUAGGUCAAUGUUUUAUUGGUUGGAUUUACUGUUUCAAGUUCAGUCAUUGACCCAUGACCUUAUAUGUACCAUACAUAUAUACAAUCAUCGACAAUGUACAGAGAAAGGAGACUGUGUUAUUUCAUUAUGGUAUUUUAAAUAUCUUUGCCUUAAAAAUGAAUUUAUGAAGCAGAUACUGUUUGACACCCAAUAACUGAACAACUUUUGCUGGAGGUAUUGAACUUUUUAUAUUGGUUAUCACUCUGGAUUAGUACAAUUUUAUUUGGUCAUGUAAAUGCUGUUUUACUAUACAUAAACAUUUGGUCAUUUUUGAUACUAACUUGCCUGAUAGGUCUCUUAUCAACUAGACAGUGCAAACUUUCCCUGCUGGUUUUUUAAUUGUAUGGGGUGGCUUUAGAUUAAUUACAAGAUAAUAUUGAGUGUUGUAGAACAAAUUUAAAUAUCCAAAUGCUCUGAAAAAAUGUUUCCUUAAAUUACCUGUUGACAAGUGUCAUGGUAUCCUGUUCAAAUUGUUUCGUUUCAAGGUAUACAGCAAGAAGUGGUUUUUUUUAUGUAUGUAAGUGAUAAUGUGGUUUGAGUGAAAGUUUCUGUGUGCCAGGUUAUAACAGUAUGCAAGAUGACUUUUGUUUACUUGUAUAUGCAUUAUAUUUACAAAAAUAAAUUAUUAUUAAAACUCAAA